AUGCCGUUCCCUACUCGCAAGAUCGGCGACGACAAUGUCUCGGCCAUUGGGUUGGGAUGCAUGGGCAUGUCCUUUGGCUACACCUCGUUCGGCGGCUACGACGACAAGGAGUCCCUCGACGUGCUCACACGCUCCGCUGACCUCGGCGUGACCUUCUGGGACACGAGUGAUGUCUACGGCCCGCACACCAACGAGAAGCUCCUCGGCAAGUGGUUCAAGGAGACGGGGCGGCGCAAGGAAAUCUUCCUCGCCACCAAGUUUGCCAACUACAUAGACCCAAGGGGCAACUUCAUAGUGCGCGGUGACGCCCCCUAUGUCAAGGACGCCUGCGCCGCGUCCCUCGAGCGCCUGGGCGUCGACCAGAUUGAUCUGUACUACCAGCACCGGGUGGAUGACAAGGUACCCAUCGAGGAGACGGUCAAGGCGAUGGCAGAGCUCAAGGCCGAGGGCAAGAUCAGGUACCUGGGCCUGUCGGAGUGCUCGGCCAGGACGCUGCGCCGGGCCCACGCCGUGCACCCCAUCGCGGCCGUGCAGAUGGAGUACUCGCCCUUCGCGCUGGAGAUCGAGUCGGACCAGACCGACCUCCUCCGGACCGCCCGCGAGCUUGGCGUCAAGAUCGUGGCCUACUCCCCUCUGGGGCGUGGCUUCCUGACGGGGACCAUCAAGAGCCGCGACGACAUCGAGGAGACGGACUCGCGCUGGCGCCACCCGCGCUUCUCCGAGACGCACUUCCCCGAGAACCUCAAGCUGGUGGAGACGCUGGCGGGCAUCGCGGCCAGGAAGGGCGUCACGCCGGGCCAGCUGUCUCUGGCGUGGGUUCUUGCGCAGGGCGAGGACUUCAUCCCGAUCCCCGGCACGAAGCGCGUCAAGUACCUCGAUGAGAACGCCAAGGCGAUCGAGGUGAAGCUGAGCCCGGUCGAGGUGGCGGAGAUCAGGGCUGAGAUCGAGAAGGUCGGUGGGGGCAAGGGUGAGCGGUACCCGCCGCAAAUGCUGGCUAAGUGCUUUGGUGACAGCCCUGAGCUGCCUAAGUAG